AAACUGAUCACAGCCUUGUGGUUGAACUUAAAAGCUCUGUGGAUUUUUUACUAAUUAAGAUGAUUUACUGCCAGUGAUCAGAUUAUUGUUCAAAAUGGGUAGGCUGUUCUCACAGAUCAAGAUUUUACUAUGGAAGAAUCUCCUCCUGAAAAAAAGAAACAAAAAACAGCUCAUAUCGGAGCUGUUGAUGCCAAUUUACUUUGUGAGUCUGUUGGCCAUGAUCAAAGCUUUGGUGUCUCCAAAAACUCUUCCAGUAGUUCCGCAGUUUCAGAGUAAUACCCUCAACAACAGAUCCUUGUUUCCAUGGCCAUCGUCUCAUAUACUGGUUGCCCCGGAUACGCCAUCCAUCCAGAAUAUCAUGAACAUUGUCAGCAAAUACAUGAAUGUCACGUAUAGUAUGUACCCAUCUCAGGCUGAAGCUGAGAACACAUACAUUGAGAAUGCAGCAAAUAAAAACCUUGGAGUGGUAUUCCAGUAUGAGAAUGGCAACUUGAACUAUGCAAUUCGGACCCCGUAUAGCUUAGCAGCCAGUCCAACAAAGAUGUUUAAUUAUUUGUCAGGUGGGUGCCGUGACCCCAAUGGCUUGGGUGACUGUGAUGCUAACAAGUACCUGCAGUCGGGAUUUGCAGCUCUUCAGCUGGCCAUCAACACAGCCAUUAUCAGGGUUCAGACAGGCAAAAGUGAUAUUCCAUUUCCUGACGUGUCAGUGGAACUUUUCCCCAAAACUGUGUAUACUCCGGAUACCUCGUACAUCCAGAUUCUCUCUGCCAUCUAUUUUGUCAUCGCCUAUUCUCCCUUCAUUAACUUCCUGGUGGUAAACCUUGUCACUGAGAAGGAAAAAAAGAUCAAGGAAGGCAUGAGGAUGAUGGGAUUGAGAGAUUCAGCAUUCUGGUUAUCCUGGUCCCUGAUCUACACAGUGAUAAUAUUACUGGUCACUCUGGUCGUCGUGGCAAUCGCUGCGCUCUCCAAAUUCUUCGCUCACAGUAACAUGUUCAUCUUUUUCCUCAUGCUUUUUCUCUACGGGUUGACGAUUAUCAACUUUUCCUUCAUGAUCACUCCAUUCUUCAACAAGGCGUUGUCUGGCGGGGCACUAGCCAGCUUUGCCACGAUGGCCAUCAGCCUGUUAUACCUGGUGGUCAGUCUGACCCGUACCCAGACAUCCACUGGGGACGUUGAUUACUCCAUUCCCCCUGGGGGGCGCUGGGCACUCUGCCUCCUCUCUCCUGUAGCCCUCGCACUUGCCAUCGAUCAGGCAAUAUUUCUGGAUAUUGGUCAUGGAGGUAUGAAUUUUGACACCAUAAGCUAUCCAGAAGCAUUUCCCCUUUAUGCUCCUAUCAUCAUGCUGGCAGUGGACACAGUUUUGUAUGGGUUUCUAGCCAUUUACCUGGACAAUGUGAUACCAAGUGAGUAUGGCCCACGACGGCCUCCAUGGUACAUCUUCAUGCGGUCUUAUUGGUGUGAUGUUUCUAGCAGUAGUGGUGAGCGAUUGCAUCUCAUCAAUGGUGACCACCAUGCAAACAACACAGCCAGUCAUGAUGAAGAUGUAGAACCUGUGUCAUCAGACCUUCGCGGUAAGGAAGGAAUAAGGAUAAUGAACCUAAGGAAAGUUUUCAAGGGACGUGAAGAGGACACGGUGGCUGUUGAUGGACUGACUUUGGACAUGUACGUGGGUCAGAUAACCGGCUUGCUGGGUCAUAACGGGGCAGGGAAAACAACUCUGAUCAACAUGUUGACAGGCCUGACCACUGCAACAAGUGGCCACAGCACAGUUCUUGGACUGGACAUCACUGAUGCAAACAGCAUGGACAAAAUACGUUGUAACAGUGGGGUGUGUCCCCAACACAACAUCCUCUUUGACAAACUCAGUUGUAGAGAGCAUUUGCAAGUGUAUGCAGGAAUCAAAAAUGUGCCAGAAGCAGAAGUAGAUAUGCAAGUGGAGCAAGCCCUUGCGGAUGUCGACUUAGUGGACCAAGGCAGUGCACUGGCUGAAGAACUCAGUGGUGGACAGAAGCGCAAACUCUCAGUCGCAAUUGCAUUGAUCGGUGAUCCAAAGGUUAUGUUUCUGGAUGAACCAACGGCAGGCAUGGACCCGUACUCGAGGCGCCACCUGUGGUCUCUGCUACAGAAAAGGAAGAAAGGGAAGAUCAUCCUACUGACCACACACUUCAUGGAUGAGGCAGACAUCUUAGCUGAUCGCAAGGCUAUUGUCGCAAAAGGCCAGCUUCGGUGCUGUGGCUCAUCUCUUUUCUUGAAGAACAGAUUUGGAAUUGGCUACCACUUGAAUAUGGUGGUAGAGCCCAGCUGUGACGCUGACCAAGUCACAGAGUUUAUAACACAGUACAUUGAUGAUGUCCAGUUGGCACGUAGACAUGGCAAUGAGCUUAGCUACACAUUACCCCUCUCAAACGUUAAUUCAUUUCCAGCACUGUUUUCUGCUCUAGAGUACUCUGGGACAAGCGAUACAAGCACAUCAAAUUCUUUGGGAAUAAAAACAUUUGGUGUCUCAAUGACAACGCUGGAAGAAGUUUUUCUGAAAUUAGGUGAGCAUGACGAAACCGGAAGGAAGGCUGAUUUGCAGGCACCUGCCAUCUCUGAUGGACAGCUGUCAGUCAGUGGCCAUUCAUCUGCCCCAUCAAGCGUCCACCACAGCAUGGAACUGUUUCCCAUACAGGAUGACAACGCAGCUUUUAACAGGAGUAUUACCAAGCAGCGGUUCUGGGCACUCCUCAAAAUCCGCUUCCUGCAGGCCAUUCGUGUUAAGAUUGCCCUCAUCUUCCAGCUCUUUCUACCUGUGGUAUUUGUCAUCGUUGGGUGUGUUGUCAAUAAAACGGCUGCACCACCGGAUAACACUGCCUCACCACCCAGCCUCAGUAUGCAGAGCGCUCUAGGAGCGUAUGUCACACUGAAUAAUGCCUCCAUACCAGUAGGAUUAUCUCAACCGUUUAUAUUUGAAGAUGGAUCAGGUGGUAGCAGUUUCAUCACUUUGCUAAAGAUGAACCUUGAGGUGGCUAUUAAGAUAGACGAGUCGAACAGCUCAGUGAACCUGUUAGAUGCGCGACCUCACCAUGUAGGGGUGAACUUCAGCAGCCUCACCCCAGCAGCUCAGGGCUAUGAUUCUAGCUUUACAGUAUUGUAUAAUGACACCGCUGUGCACUCCUUACCAGUGGCUAUAGACCUGCUCCUGAAUGGCUUGUACGGAAUGGUGUUGGCCAGCGCUCCUCCCAAGCACAUCCACACUUUUAACUUGCCCUGGAACAACACAGAAACAGUCCUGACCUUCAACAAUGGAGCAUUCUCGGCCUCUAUCAUCUUAGCACUAGCCUUUGCGCUUAUUCCUGGGGGAUUUGGAACUUUGAUAGUCCGAGAAAGGGAGGUGAAGGCUCGGAGUCAGCUGAGAGUGUCUGGUGUCAGCUGGGUGAUGUAUUGGGGCACAAGCUUUAUAUUCCACUUUUUACAGUUCUCCAUACCUGCCAUCCUUUGCAUCAUCGUUGUUUUAGCUGCUCAGGUGCCCUCACUGUCACAUGCCGGAGCAAUUCUCUGCCUGAUUCUGCUGUUCCUGUUGUACAUGCCCUCCAACACCCUGCUCUCUUACAACCUGUCUUUCCUGUUCAAGAAAGGAGAAACCGCCAUGAGUGUCCUGCCAAAUAUCUUCACAUAUGCUUCUAUGAUUCCGUACAUUGCCGUGGCUCUCCUGGAUGCAAUGCGAAACAGUGAUACUGCAGAAAUUAUACACUACGUCUUCUGUGUCAUUGAUCCUCCAUACCUCGUCUUUGGAGGCAUCUAUUACAUAGAUCGGAUGCACAGAAUACAAGUUCUGACAAAUUCAGAACUCACUGUUGGAGAUUAUUUUAAAUGGAGUAACAAGAUUUUAUUUGUAUUUAUCAUGGCUGUCAUUCACUUCGUGUUGCUGGCUUAUUUAUUGCUUUUCCUGGAAGUUAGAAGCACUGGAGGCGAUCCCAUGGACGUGUUUAAGUGUGGGACUAAUAGUGUGGGCAGUUCUAAAAUCAUCCCAGAGGAUAACGGUGACGUUAUAGAGGGUGAAGAUUCUGAUGUGGCUGCAGAAAGACAGCAUGUGGACAGUUUAGAAUAUGAGAAUACUGAAGAGGUACCAGUGAUUGUUGUGAAAAAUGUCAGGAAGGAGUUCAAAAGUCGUGGGAAAAAGAAGAAAAACAAGAAGCUUUGUGCGGGAGGAGAUGAGAAGAUAAAAGCCGUAGUGAGGAACUCCACUUUUGCCGUUUCAGCGGGAGAAGUGUUUGGUUUACUCGGCCCUAACGGAGCAGGAAAGACAACAACCAUCAACAUGAUCAUAGCAGAGGAAGGGCUGACCAAAGGAAAGAUCGAGGUUGCUGGAUACAAUGUGAGGUCCAGUUUGUCUGAGGCAUUCCAAGCUCUGGGCUUCUGUCCUCAACACGAUGCCUUAUGGGAUGUGAUCACCCUACGAGAGCAUUUACAUUGUUACGCUGCCAUACGAGGUGUGGCUCCCAAGGAAAUCCCAUCUACAGCCAAUCAAUUUAUAGAGUCCUUAAAAGUACAGGAUCAUGCAGACAAACAUUCCAAGAAGUUGUCAGGUGGAACAAAACGAAAGUUGAGCUAUGCCAUGAGCAUGCUGGGAAAUCCUCGAGUAGUAUUGAUGGAUGAACCGUCAACAGGAAUGGAUCCUCAGUCCAAACGAUUCCUGUGGGACACUAUCAGCAGCAGUUUUAAGGGGAAGGACAGAGGUGCUAUACUCACCACACACUACAUGGAGGAGGCUGAUGCUCUCUGUUCUAGGGUAGCUAUUAUGGUGAAUGGACAGCUCCAGUGUCUUGGACCAACUCAGCAUCUGAAAGACAAGUUUGGCAGUGGCUAUGUAUUAGAGGUCAAGGUCAAAUCAGGGGGUCAGGCAACAUCUGGAGCAGGGGAUGGAGGAACAAAUACACAGGUCACAGCUGAUGAAAGAUUGCUUCAGUUUGAGGAAUAUGUGAAGAAAUUGUUCCCUGACUCAGUCUGUGUUGAGAAGUUUGGUGAGAGAGCUCAGUUUAAAAUCCCAAAUGCAAACAUUGUUUCAUUGGGCCAAACAUUUUCAGCUCUUGAAGAAGCUAAAGUCCUGUACAAUGUGGCAGAAUACAGCUUUAGUCAGUCUACACUGGAACAGGUAUUCCUGAUGUUUGCUAAGCAGCAGCUAGAAGAGGGCAUGGACCAGCCAGAACACCAGCAAGGUUUGAACCCUGCAUUUGACAACAUCCAGGUGUGACAGAUCUGACGUCUGGAUUACGUGGAGAUAACACACUUUACAAAUGUAUAAGUGCAUGCAGGUGGGGCAGAUUUUUACAUGAAACAGUUACAGGUGGCGGGAAUGCACAUGUGCUACAGAUAUCCAGUAUGUGUCACAUAUCUGAUGUGGAACUCACAUCAGUGACAUAUUGCAAAGGUGUACAAGUGCUACAGAUAUUUGUAUGUCCCAGAUCUACUGUAAAAACACCCAUCACUUAACAGCGGUAAUGAUGUACAAGUUCUACAGGUAUCCAGAUGUAAUCUCACAUAUGUAAUGUGGGGCACCAAUAAGCAACCGAUGGCAAAGAUGUACAAGUGCUACAGAUAUCUAGAUCUCACAGAUGUAAUGUGGGACACCCAAUAAGUAGUAGAUGGCAAAGAUGUACAAGUGCCACAGAUAUCCAGAUCUCACAGAUGUAAUGUGAGACACCAAUAAGUAACAAAUGGUAAAGAUGUACAAGUGCUACAGAUAUCCAGAUCUUACAGAUGCAAUGUGGGGCAGUAGUGAGCAACAGAUGGCAAAGAUGUACAAGUGCUACAGAUAUCCAGAUCUCACAGAUGUAAUGUGGGCCACCAAUAAGUAACAGUUGGCUAUAGAUAUCCAGGUAUUAAAAGAUGUGUUCAGCAUACAGGAUCUAUAUACAGGUAUUGUACAGUUGAUAAUGUUGAUAAUGACAGUUUAUAGUAAAGGUAUAGGUUAUAAUAUAUUUAUAAUAUAGCUGAUAUGGGAUGUAUCAAGAAAAACAUUGUUUGUUUUUUUUAUAUAUAUUGUUUUCAGAUAUUUAAGAAAAACAAUAAAAAUGCUCAUGACUUGUUUUUGUUCCGAUCCUUUAGGUAAUACAAGUCAAGGUCAUUUUCAGGAAGUUACUUUAAGGUUUCUGAGAAUAGAGAAAUCCUACAUUGUAUAUUUACUUUGUGGGUUCAGCAUUUGGAAGAACUUGCCUGGUGAGAUCAGUGCCUGAAAACUAAUUAUUGCUGUUCUAUUUAUAUUUUUAUGCUGACUUCAGACCAAGGUUAAGACAUGCAGAAUGUGUUUUCACGAUUAUGUAUUAUUGCCAUCCAAAAUCACUUUCAUGUAGACGAGAAUUUGCGACUUACCUCAGUAAAGCUUAAACAAAUUUACUUUAUUUAUUUCAUUGGUAUUUUAUGACUUAAUCAAGAGUAUUAACAAAUUUACUUUAAACUUGUCCAGUUCAGUCUUUAGAGAGGAAGGAUUGGUCUUAUAGCUUUAUUCCAUAGUGAAUGACCUUCAACAUAUUACUGGUGCUGCCAUUUGCCAUUUACCUGGGUUAUGUAUUAUGUGUGCAAUGUCAUGGGAAAGAUUUUGACUCCAAACACAUUCAUUCCUUUUAUCUGCAUGGAAGGGGCACUGGUUUUACUUUUUGUCCAUGUGUGACCUCCAACGACCUCCUUUGUAUAUUCAUAGAGGGGUAAACUAUAUGUUUUGUUGAUCCAAUUCCACAAAGCGAUGGUAAGGGAAGUGUGUACC